AUGGAUGAAAAAGUUGAAAAAUUUGAUUUACCUUCUAUAAUUUUGGUCGGAAGAGAAGGCAUGUUAGAUAAACUGUUUAAAGUAUAUUCUACGUUAUUAAUUUCAUAUAAUUUAUUAGGUGUAGGAAAAAGUACUCUCGGGAAUAUGCUAUUAAAAGCAUGCUAUUCCGAAAAUUUUUUUGAUGGAGAUGUGGAUACACCGGGUUCACAAAUGAAAAGACUAGUUCAAAAAGAACAUGGUUAG